UGCAGAUAUCGUCAAGGCCAAGACAAGGUUCCAUAUUUCAAAUCAUAUCUACUUUCGAUGAGGGCAAGGUCAUCCUACACUAUAAAUGUAUCUUUCGACCAGAUGUGUGAAUUCGAUAAUCUUGAUCUAAUAACUGCUACAUGUAAAAUCCUCAACAGCCAUGAGGAUUGGCUACUACCUGUUGCCCAAAAGUUCCUCGCACAGAAAAAAAACAGAAAUGAAAAGGGAUGGCGUGAUAAGACAUGCUUAUCUUUCAGCGGCUUCCCAGCAAGUAUGGAGAAGCUUGAAGACUUCUUAUCAAAUGGUCCUCUUGUCCAGUCUGUGAAGGUUUCUGUGCACAAAACACCAAUUCCUGCUGCAACAGUCAAUGGCAGGUCAUUGAUUGAGAUGCUGGUAGAUGCCGUGUCAGAGAAUCAUCUAAAUAAACUGAGCUGGGAAGGCAUAUUUAAUCAGGACGACAUUGUGAUCAUUGAUUAUGGAUGUGGUUCUAAACAGAUGAAGAUACUACAAGACACCGUGCCAGCUUCAGAAGAGGCUAUGCUAAAAGACCUACGCACAGCUGCUAAGUUGUUCAUACCAUUUUACAAGAUUAAUAAUGUUUUGCCAGUCUACUUUGAUCAGUUCAAUGAAGAGCUACAUGGAGCGACUAAUGUGUGUGUUGGGCAGAAAUGGUUCAUGGAAUCUUUGAGAUAUCAUCCCGCCCUCAUGCCCUCAUCUGGGCGUAGAUGCUUCGAAACUAUGCUCCCUAAUAUAUUUAAUAAAUACUACUCCAAACAACGCCCUCCUAACCUGGACAUUAUGGUAGAAAAGCCAUACCCUGAUGAUUGGAAGACAUCUGUGAAAUCUGCACAAAAGGAUGGCAAUGAUGUUCUUCAUAAGGUGUACACUCACAAAAAUAAACCUAGUCUGCAGAGGACUGAUAAGUACGACGACGGCGUGUGUGGGCUUAUGAGGUUCAAACGCAAUGUUCUUGAGCAUGGUGGGCACUGGCAAGGGCAACAAAAAGUGCAAGGGCAGUGUGAGCGACAUAUAGCUGACCUGGAGCUGUUAACCGCCAAGACGUUCUGCAAAUUUCUUCCCUGGCUGGUGCGAACCCUAUUGGAGAAGGGCCUGAUGGAUAAAUAG